AUGAGCAGCAGCUUUGUGGGCGCCUGGAAGCUCGUGUCCAGCGAGCACUUCGAUGACUACAUGAGAGCGCUGGGUGUGGGGUUAGCCACCAGAAAACUGGGAAAUUUGGCCAAACCCAAAGUGAUCAUCAGUAAGAAAGGGGAUAUUAUAACCAUAAGGACUGAAAGCACCUUUAAAAAUACAGAGAUCUCUUUCAAGCUCGGCCAGGAAUUUGAAGAAACCACAGCUGACAACCGGAAAACAAAGAGCGUCGUAACCUUGGCCAGAGGCUCAUUGAAUCAAGUGCAGAAAUGGGAUGGCAAAGAGACCACAAUAACGAGAAAGCUGGUGGAUGGGAAAAUGGUGGUGGAAUGUAAGAUGAGAGGCGUGGUCUGCACCAGGAUCUAUGAGAAGGUCUGA